AUGUCUAAGAUCACCGUCGCUGGAGUGCGUGCCAACGUCGUCGAGGUCCUCGAGUACUCGAACGAGACCAAGAAGCGCAACUUCCUCGAGACCGUCGAGCUCCAGAUCGGCCUCAAGAACUAUGAUCCCCAGCGUGACAAGCGUUUCUCGGGCACCGUCCGCCUGCCGUCGGUCCCCCGCCCCAACAUGGCCAUCUGCAUCCUGGGUGACCAGCACGACAUUGACCGCGCCAAGCACGGCGGUGUCGACGCCAUGUCGUCGGACGACCUGAAGAAGCUCAACAAGAACAAGAAGCUCGUCAAGAAGCUGGCCCGCAAGUACGACGCCUUCAUCGCCUCCGAGACCCUGAUCAAGACCAUUCCCCGUAUCCUGGGCCCUGGUCUGUCCAAGGCCGGCAAGUUCCCGACCCCCGUCUCGCACUCCGAGUCGCUGUCCGACAAGAUCACCGACGUCAAGUCCACCAUCAAGUUCCAGCUGAAGAAGGUGCUGUGCAUGGGUGUCGCUGUCGGCAACGUCGGCAUGGACCAGGAGCAGCUGGUGGCCAACAUCAUGCUGGCCAUCAACUACCUCGUCUCCCUGCUCAAGAAGGGCUGGCAGAACGUCGGCAGCCUGACCAUCAAGGCUUCCAUGUCGCCGCCCCGCCGUGUCUACUAA